GAAAAACAGUGGGAUGAAAACCUAUAGUGACAAACGUGAAAUGAUUCGACAUUGAAUCGAAAUAAAAGCACUGAACAUUAGAGCUUGUUUAGUUAAUUUGAGAUUUGACCUGCCAAUGUAUUUAUACUACUGUCACAAAAUACAUCGUUGGUAUGUUGAGUAACGAAAGCGCUGCAAUUGACGGAAAGCACUGUAGUCAAGUUCCGAAGUGGAUAUGUUUUCAUUGGAAUUUUAAGGGGCAUACGUUAAUAACAGAAUAUGAUACAAUGCUUGCUGUGAUAAUAAGUAGUAAGAGUAAAUAAAGAAUAUAGAUCUUCAGUCAGUUUUGAAUGACGAAGAGCUGCCACUAUUAUUCACCUGACAAACAGGGAUUCGUCUGCUUAUUGUACAGUUAGUGACCUCUGUUACAAUAUCGAGAGUGGUGCUAAGGGAACCAAGAUACAAUGUGAUUACUUAAUGACGAGGAUAAAUUUUGUCCACUGUUUUAUAAACCGUAUGGGGCAAGAAGUGCACGGUGUGUUUGUGGCGCUGCCUCUUGCCAGCUGAGGGCUCACACAGCCACCCUAGGCAUGGGUGGUGCACUCAGCAAUUUCUUCCAAUCAGGCAGUGCCUUGCUGUCUGCAGGUAACCACCGAGGCAUCUCAGAACAGACACGUACCAAAGUGCGUGACAUCUUCGAUGCACUUCGUGCUAACCCUCGGAUUACUGUUCAGAGACUUGAAGGCCUGCUGUCACAAAUACCCAAGAAUGAAAACAUUUUAUUGGAGCACAAUGAUGAAGGCUACAACCUACUGCAGAAGUGUGUGGGUCUCAAUAAUGUGGAAAUGGUACGCUGGAUUUUGUCACGAAAUACAGAUGUCAACAGGGGAGCUUGCUCCUUACCAUUACAUAUAGCGUGCCUCAAGGGGUACGAGGAAUGUGUUGAAAUUCUUCUCAAGCAUGGUGCUCGAAUUGACGUGGAGGCACGUAUGUGUUGGCCAGGACCUCACAAUCAAAACUGUGAAGAACGCGGGAAAUGUCGAGUGCCCAAUGAAAGUGUUGCUGAUAGAUCAAGUGACAAACUGCAGAGUGCAGUUUUUUAUGCUAUAGAUGGUGACCAAGCAGACAUCCUGGAAUUGCUGACCCAACAGUGUGAGGAUCACUGGUUGCCAUGGCAACAGCGUCGCCCACUAUUGCACAUUGCUUGUGAACGUGGUGCCUGGAACUGUGUUAAGUAUCUUGUGUCAGAACGCUCGGAUGAAAUUAAUCAGUGCUAUGAUGAGUACUAUCCUAUACAUCAAGCAGCACUGCAUCACAUAAAAUUCCUCGAACUGCUCAUAAAUUGUGGCGCAGAGACUCGAGUGAGGACAGCAACGCAGCAGAUGACAGUUUUACAUAUUGUGUUCCUCAUUGGACGUAAAUCAGCAGAAGAUACCUUGCAAACAUGUAAGCUGCUGCUGGAUCAUGGAUUACGGGAGCUGAUUAAUGAGCCAGACUCCUUAGGCAACACUCCUUUACAUGGUCUGAUCGUGCGAUAUGCCCUUGAGGAGGCACGGUAUGGCUAUGACCAUGAUAAUCAGCCUUGGAACAAGUGGGAUGUAUUGCACUUGGUACGCUUCCUCCUGCAAAAUGGCGCACGACCAUCUAUAAAUCACCCAGGGAACAGUGCACUGGCCUGCGUAUUGAGGCAUGUGCGUGACUGGGAGUUCCGCUAUGAGCUACUAAAUAUGCUUUUGCAAGAGGGAGGAAAUCCAAAUGUUGUUGGCCGUGAUGGAUCUGUACCACUUAUGGUCUGCCUUGUUCCUCUCAUCAACAAAGAUCCUCUCCAUCAUUUCACACACACUAUGAAGGUGUGCUACCUGAAUUGUGUACGGAUCCUCUGUAAGCAUGGUGCAAAUCCAAACUGCACAUCUCGCAGCAAUUUAACACCAAUGCACGUGCUUGUAUUCACUGCCAGUGAGAGCAUAGCUUUGAACCGAGAAGAGGAGAAAGCACAAAACUUUGAAUUUAUUAGGAACUUGCUGGUUCUGCUUCUCCAGUAUGGGCUCGAUCCCAACGUACAAUUCUCACAACGCACGCAACACAUCCUUCAAUCAUUGUCAGAUAUGGUUCAGAAUGCUAGAGGUCCAUCAGAUCUGAUGCAUGUGUAUAAUCUGACACUGACGUUAAUUCAGUAUGGGGCAGACCCAAAUGUGGUGGUGCCUGAUGCUGGUCAGAUCGGACGGACAGGUUGUCACACAGGCUCCGGGUCUGCGGGUGGUGCUGGCCGCCGACCGCAGAGGGUCGGCUGGGUGCUGCAGUGCUACGUCUCCGCCGUCUGCCGAAAGGAGGAGCUGCUGUCUGAUCCACAACAACGAUUUGCACGAAUUAUUUGGUUGUACUACUUUUGUAUGGACCACACUACACUUUUCAGUUGUCUAAGGCAGCUCCACGCGCAAGCAGCUCUCGUACCACCACGUGGAGCAGCUCUUUGCCACUUAGUGCGAGAAUUGUGUGGGAAACCUCGUACACUCAAACAGAUUGCACGUGUGGCUGUUUAUACUGCACUCGGUCGCCGUCCUGGAACUCAUGUAAACAAGCUGCCACUGCCCGUCACACUUCGUGAAUACAUUCUCAACUUUGAGCCAUAAAUUGGUGUUCUUUGUAGCUCCUGGAAUUUUGUAGUCUGCUGUGAAUUCUGGUUUCUUCCAAGUAAAGUUAUGUAUGAUAUUGAAAUGGCUGAUUAAUUACAACAUUCUGUACUAAUAUAAUGAAACAAACAAUUAGUACAUAGUGAAGUGAUAUGUUUGAUGUACAAAUUCUGAAGACAUAUUUGUAAUAUUGUGCUGUUGGAAAUGAGAGUGUGUAUAGGCUACUGUGCUAAAAGCUUUGUGUGAGAGCAUUUUGUGCAACCAGUCAGUGACUGACUUUGUCUGCUGAACUGUCCAGGCAGUUGUUAUACAUGGGCAUGAAGGAAAGAGCAGGUUCAAAACAAUUAUUGGGUGACAUGGUUUACUUAGUGGUGCUCACUUGGCUUUUCCAUUCUAUUUUUUUUACCAUGUGCUUGUAAUAUUAAUCCACAUGAGCUUUAUUUCUUGUUUCCUGUUGUACCAAACUCUUGGAAUAUCAUGGAACAUCAACUUUCAGAUAGAAUCUCUCUCUCUCUCUCUCUCUCUCUCUCUCUCUCUCUCUCUCUCUCUCUCUCUCUCUGUGUGUGUGUGUGUGUGUGUGUGUGUGUGUGUGUGUGUGUGUGUGUGUGUGCGUGUGUGCGUGCGUGCGCGCAUGUGUAUGUAAGGGAUCCGUUGUAACUACACUAAUAUUGACAGGUCAGUACCUUGUUUUUUUUUUCUAAUAGAAACCAUAUAGCCAUUAUCCUUAUAUGUUUUAGUGUGCUUUCUUUCAGACAUUUUUAGUUGUAGUUAUGUUUCUGCUCCUGCAGUUAGUUCUCUAUGCUUACAUAUUUCAGAGAAAAAUGUUCUAUUAUUCCACUCUCAGGUUCAGGAUUUGCAGAAAUUUUUGACAUUUAUUGUUUUAAAAGUCUCUUUCCAUUGAAAUUCAUUGUAUCAUUUCCUUCCAGUACUUUAUAAUUUCAUGCAACCUGAUUUAUCCAUUGUGAUCACUCCUGAAAUGCUCCUGGAGAUCUGCUUGGUUUUGGAGGCAUUAAUUAAUUUACUCUCAUAUGUCUCACGUUUAACUGUUUACCUUGUUAAGUUAUAUUUGUGACCCUAUAAAUGUAAGACUAUAAGACUGUUCAUUUCAUGCUGUGUUUAUUUUCACAGCGAUUUUGUUUCAUAAUUCCUUUUACAACAUAAGUGGUGCAGUUAUGUAGCCAGUCCAGAGUUACACUGAGUUACAUUGUCUUGUUCAAAUAAGUUUUCAAUGUUGUUCUGGCCUUUCUUUUUCAAUAAUUGUAAUAGAGUUAUUGGCAGAUUUAAAAAAAAAUGAUAUUUAUAAGUUUUUUGAUAAUUUAGUCACCUGUGGAUCAGUUGUUGCGUUAGUGUGAAUGUAGACUUUACCCACAUAUACUGCUGCUGAAAAACCCUGCAUGUCCACUCAUCUAGCAGCAUUGAAAUACUGCGAUGUUUAAAUGAAUAUCAUUGUCAUAACCUUGUGAAGUGUUGAGGUAUUGUGGAUGUUCUGAUAUUUAUACUGGGGACAAGCACAGUAUCAUGACAUUUCCCAAGAAUAGGAUGAGUAUGACACUUUUCAAAACCUUGCAGUAUCUCAGCACUGCCACCCAUAUGGGAUAGCUUUUCGUCCAUUGUCAAAUUCAUUUGUGUCGUGAAAAUGAUUUUUGCAACUGUCUUCCUCCUCAGAUGGCAAAAAUCCCCAGUGGAAAUAUAGUCAAAUUCAUUUUUAUCUUAAUAUUCCUAUCAUUUUUAAGACAGACUGAAACAAGAAGAACCUUAUCUUCAGGAAAAUUGUUUCAUAUUGAAAUGUGUUAGGUUUGUGAUCUAUAUUAGUCUGUUUAUAGGAGAAAAGUGAGAGAUAGCAUUGCUAAUCAUUUUCCUUUGCACAUAAAGAUUUCAUUUUUAUUUUUUACUUUGGAACAGAUAAUCCUACUUAUAGUAACAUGCUGUGGCAAUUGUAGCUCAAUGAAGGUUAUACAAGAUGACAGUAGCAAGCAUUGCUGUAGUGUUAAUGACAAUGCAAUUGUUUUGUGGUUAUUUGAAUUACUUCAUUUGGAAUCAAACAUGUUGUGGUAUCACUGUUCUACCAGAUGUUUAAAUUUCGCUACACUCUCAAAUGAAUCUCAUUACCAGAGAUCUUUUCACUUCUGUUACAUAGUUUAAGUCUUUCAACUUGUUACAAAUAUCGGUAAAAUAUUUGUAUACUUGCCAGUUGGUAAUGAUAUAUCUCAUAUUUAUUAAUGAAUAAUUUAACAAGUUUGAAAAGGAUCUAUGUCACACAGUGGUUUGUUGAAGCUACUGCAUGUCUUUAAAAGAAGACAUUGUUAUCUAAUUGUGGCCCUCCUCUCUCUUGCCAGUAUUAUUAUUAUUGCAUUUAUUAUUAAUAGCAUUAUUUCACAGUUAGUCACCCAUUAUUAUAUGUUCUAUGAACUUGUCACAAAAUUCUCUGAAAUGUGUUAUUCACUGUAUAUCUGCCUCUUCGUGUGUGUUUAAUCACUCAGUUUGCAUGAACAAAAAUACCUGUUAUACAUCUACACCUUUCUUUUGUAACCACUCAUCCAUAAUUAGAAAUAGCAAUACACUAUGACACACCCUCAUUUGUAGCUAUACACAUUUUACAGUUUAAUUGUCAUAUUUUCUCUGUCUGGUUAUCAAUAUUUACUUAAUUUUAAGUAAUUUUUAAAUCUCUUUGUGGAAAUAUUUGGCAAACCAUGACAGUUAUAACAGUGGUUUGAAAAAAUUGUUUUCUUUUGUAAUUUUUAUGGAAAUGUUUGGUCUUCCGUUAUUUUCUCACUUCUUUGUGUUGAUGAGAUUCAGAGAUAAGGAAGCACACCAUACUGUGUGCAUUGUAUAUGAUCCUUUUUCUUAUUUUUGGUGGAAAACAUGUUCUUUAAUCUAGAUCUAGUUGCUGCUGCUGCUUGUUGUGAGCACAUUAGAUCAUGUACAGGGUGUCACAGACCUGCUGUACAAGGCCCCCCACCCCCAGAAAAAAAGUCCAAGCUUUUCUUAAGUAAAUAUGAUUUUUGCAUACAGUUAAAUAUGGGCUGAAAGAUAAAUACCACGUUACUUGUUAUGUGCAGAAAAUGAAAGGAAAUUAAAGCAAUUUUUAGAAUUCCAAAUAGAAAGAUUUUGUGAUAUUAGUAUUGUUCAACAGAGGUCUCAUAAUUGAACAUUAUUUCCCUGGAAAUUAUAGGAACUUAAAUAUAAUAACCAUUAAUUGUUUUUUUGAUGGCAUAAGCAUUCAUGGGCACUUAGUGUAAGCCAUCAGAAGAAUGAAACCUUUAUAUUUAUUUUUAGCAGUCAUUUCUUCUCCACAGCUUGUUACUUCAUGGGUGAUUUUUUAGGCUUUCUGAAACUGAUUUCAGUUUUGUCAGUAUCAAUGUUUAUAUAAUCUCAUGCUGUGUUUAAACAUAUUAUCUUUGCUUCACAAUGAAUUGUUUAUCUUUGUGCUUUUUGUUGCACUUUUGCUUCAUGCCACUGCUAAAUGUCCUGCAUUAUUUUGUUCUGCCCCCUCUCCUCUUGCCCCCUCAUUUCCAGUAAUCCAGUACUCUGGAGAAUGACUGUUCAAAUAUAUGUCCAGCUACCCAGAUUUAGAUUUUCUAUAAUUUCUGAAAAUCCCCCCAGGCAAUUGCUGGGAAUAUUCCUUUGAAAGGGCAUAACCAAUUUCCUUCCCCAUCCCUGACACAGUAUGAACUUGUACUCUACCUCUGGUGACCACAUUGUUGAUGAGAUUUUAAGUCAUAAUCUUUUUUCAUUCCUUUUCCAGCAACUCAUAAUUAAAUAAGUAACUAAUGUACACGUGUUAGCUGUAUUAAACUGGCUCUGAAAUAAUGCAAGCAUUACGAUCCAGUAACAUCUCUGUCCAUGGCAUUGAACUAAAAUUUGAAAUGUUAUGCUUUAGUAAAAGUACACUACAUUAAUAGUUUUCACAUCAUUUUGAGAAAGCAAUGAUUAACAGCCUGUAAAAAUGGUUGAAAAAUCAUGGUUGAUCACAGCUGUAUGAAUUAGUUUAUUACAUAGCCAAGGUCAAUCAUAAACACACCAUCCUCAGAUGCACUGUGACAUCAUAACCAUCUGUGUGACAACCCAUACCCACUAUGAAGCAUUAGCAUACAGUAAAUCUGCGGUGAGGUGCGCCACAAUACUCAUUGUAUUUUCAUGUGCUUCACCACCAAUUUACAGUAUGCCAUACUUUUUCAUGAUUUAUAACAAAAUGGAGAUGUUGAUCUGUAAAUGAUGCUUGAUAGUAGUUAUUGAUUUUCACAUACAUGAUUAUGGUGUCACAAUUCACCAGCAGAUGGUCUGUUCAGUAUGGACACUGGUUGUAUAAUGAAUUGAUUAAUAUAGCUGUGAGCAACCAUGAUUUUUCAAACAUUAAUAGUUUUACUGUAUAGUGUGCAUUAUUAAUUUGAUCCACUGAAUAAAUGUGUGAAAGGAACUUACUAAUUAAAACCAAGAAGCCAAUAAUUUGUGGUAUUUGUUAAAUUUGAUGCCAAAGGCUAGUGAUUACAAAAUUCCAGAAACAGUUUCCUGUAACAUGUAUAUGAGUGCAAGAAGAUGCUGAGUUGACUGACAAAACUGUUGAGACUGAUGACAAAUGAUUAGAGCAUUGCUGCGCUAAAUCCAGUUGCUCUGUUGCAGUUAUUUGUACCAAGUCACCAGUUUUGCACUACCAUUUAUAACUAUCUAUCUGAAUGAUAAUGUUAAGCCUAGAGGCAUCCAAGUACUUGGAUAUUAUCUUGAAAAGCACUCCUGAAACCAAUGCUAUUGAUUUGCUAGAAACAUCAGCAUAAAACAUAACAACAAAAAUUUCAUAUAUAUGGAAGAAUUUCAAGAGAACUGUGCUAUUAUAAACUCUUAGAUCAUGCAAAUAUUGUGUGUGUGUCCAAAUAUUAUAGUAUUACAUGGAAUGUGGUUUUACGAACACAGAUAAUUAUGUAUGAAUUGUAUUGCUACAGACCAACACAAAUGUGUAUAAAAAGAAUACAUAGAUAACUGAAUACUUUAUAGAACACCUUAUAAUUUCCUUUCCAUCUCAGUUUAUUGGGUAUCACUGAAUAAGGGUUUUAUGAGUGGGUUACCUUAAUUACAGGUGUUGAUUUGAUUCUUGUAAUAGUAUAACUUUUUUCCAAAAUGUCAUUCCUGUGACCUUUUCACUGUGAGUCAUAAAAAACCUUAUGUGACUAUUUAGAUGUGCUGUAACCUAUUUUUGGUAUCAUAAUAUUGUCUCAUUUUGAAAUAGACAUUGACAGUGGUUUCCACUAUUCAUUUUUGAUGAAGUGUGCUAUUUGCUACACAUGGUGAAGCUUUUAGUUGUCAAACUACAGAAAAGAAAAAGGUGUACUAUUUUAAUACAGGAAAUUUUAAUUGAGAGUCAUUCGAAAGUGGUACCAUUUUUAUGUGAUUUUUAUUGAUGGUCCAUUAAAUCUUGUUUAGGGGACAGCCAUACAUCCACCUUUGUUGUUGGUUCUUCUUCUUCCACUACUGCUGCUACUACUACUACUGUUCCUUCAGCAUUUCAUUUUUUUUUAUGGUUGGUAAUUUAACAUUUAUUGAGGCAACUUUUCUUGAACAUUCUCUGUAAAGGGGUGCACCAUUUGAUCCUUUAUCAUUUCUUUUAAACUCCAGUUAGUGUUCUUUCUCUACAUGGCACAUUCCCUUUUCUUGUCAUUGCUAAAACUGAUUUUAGAGUAAUGUUUCUUGAGCCUGAAUUGUUCUUUGUUGUCUGUGAAUACAUCCUUCAUAUUAAAGAUAAAGUACUCCUGACACCAUACGUAAGAGUGCAGAAAUUAAAUAUAUACUGCAUAAAAGGAUGUUAGAUUCUCCUUUAGUGGUCUGUGGUCCCUGAGACAACCAAUUUACAAGAUUGUUAUCAGAAAAGUGAUACAAGAAGUCUCAUUCCUCUGCUUCGACCUUUGAGCUUCAUUUUGUAAGGGACAUGUUGAGUGUGGGAUAAGAUUUUGUUUUUGGUAAGAAGACUUAAAUGAUUAACAUUAGGAAGCUGUGAAUUAAUCCUUUCAGUGGAAUACUAUUACUUCAAGAACAAAAUGCUACAUUGUAAAAGUAGAGGUGUUUUCAGAGUUUGAAAUUUACAUGGUAAUUACCAUUAUGCCAAACAAAGACAUUUUGUUUUUUAGAGUGUAUUUAUGAGUGUCUUUUUUUAACCGCUAAUAGGUCUAAAAAAACAAGUGUAUAUAAAAUGUAUUUUAUUGCUAAAAGUAUGUAUACUUAUGGGUACUUUUCGGCAUAACCACUGUAAUGAUCGAGGCAUUUGUCAUACCUGUGGACAAGCUUUCCAAUACACUCUUCAUAAAAUGUUGCUGCCAAUAAAUUGAAUGAGUGUUGAUGGUAAGUCUUCAUCAUUAGUUUGGAAGAACAGCCCUCCUAGUAAUUAUUCUGUUCUGGGAAAAGAUGGAACUCACUUGGUGCAUUGUCAGGACUGUAUGGCGGGUGAUCAAAAAUAUCCCACUGAAAUUGCACAAUGAGCCAUCGGGUUGCACUAGCACUGAGGACGGGUGUUGUUAUGGAUCAGAACAAUUGCAGAAGUCACUGUACCUCUUCGUUUGGUUAGACUGGCUCUCUACUUAUUCUUCGAUGAAUUUUUGGUGCACUAUUCUCUUCUGCUUGCAGGGAACAAAUGAUGGGUCUUAUCUCCAUUCACAGUUAAUUGGUGUAACAUUUUAUGAAGAGGCUAUUGGAAAGCUUGUCCACAGUUAUGACACAUGACUCAAUCAUUGAGUGGAUUAUGUCGAAAAGAAAUCAUACUGAAUGUAGCGUUUAGUAAUAAAUUAUUUUUUGUGUAUAUUUUUCUUUUGUUUAUCGAUCAAUGAAAAGUCCAGGAUGGAAAGUAACCAUAUUAUGAGAAGGAAAGUUGCUACUUGCCAUAUAGCAGAGAUGCUGAGUCGCAGAUAGGCACAACAAAAAGAUUCGCUCACAAUUAUAGCUUUUGGCCGUUAAGAUCUUUGUCAACAGUAGACAGACAUACAUGGGAGCAUGCACACACACACACACACACACACUCUCUCUCUCUCUCUCUCUCUCUCUCUCUCUCUCUCUCUCUCUCUCUCUCUCUCUCUCUCUCUCUCAAGCAAAUGCAACUCACACACACAUGACUGCAGUUUCAGGCAACUGAAACUACUGUGGUUUCAGUUGCCUCAGACUGCAGUCAUGUGUGUGAGUUGCGUCUGCAUGAAUGAAUGUGUGUGUAUGUGCAUAUGUCUGUCUAUUGUUGACAAAGGCCUUAACGGCCGAAAGCUAUAAGAGUCUUUUUGUUGUGCCUAUCUGUGACUCAGCAUCUCCACUAUAUGAUGGGUAGCAAUUUUCCUUCACAUAAUACUGUCAUUUAUUAAUGUAAGUCACCGUUGCCUAUUGCUUGCCAAGUUACUUACUGAAACUGUUGCUUGCUGCUACGAGCCCCUCCCUUAUCUCCUACUUUCCCCCACUUCCUACACACACACACACACACACACACACACACACACACACACACACACACACACACACACACACACUUGAUAUGCAUUUAUCUGCUCAGUGUAUAUGAUUUAAAUAUACACCCCUCAUGGAUUAGGCCUUAGGCAGUUCCAUCUGACUGACUGUUGCCUGCAAGUUAGUAUGAGAAGCAGUCUUCGACUGUGGGACAUGUGAUCAGCAUGUCACCAACCCCUCCACCCGUUAUUGCCAUUAGAUGAAUCCUGAUGGUGCUGCUAGUUCUUUAUUCAAAUAGCUCCUCAUUUGGUCUCGCAAGGCUGAGUGGGUGUCAUUCCAGACAUCCUCAUCUCGGAAGAAGUCUAAGGAGGUAUCAGGAAUUGAACCCAGGUCCUUCCACACUGAAGGCGACAAUGAUAACUGUCUGAUUAUGGAAGUGAUCCUGCAUAAUUUUAUUUUCUUAGCAUCUUCACACUGUUGUUCUCAAGAUGAGUAACUCUGGACGUAUCUGCAUUAUUAACUACCAUCCUUUGUAACCAAAUGAUACUUCUGCAUAUGAACAGUUAAAGCAUCGUUCUUCAGCCUUCUUGUGUUUUUAAUUUUGCAUUUUCCCAAAAACAGAUUUUUAAUAUAAGGCGUUGUAUACUGGUACAACUAUCUAUUCCUUUAUACUGUACCUUGAAACUUAAUUUCAUGAUAAUUUAAGCAUUUUUUCUUUAGACCUUUAGAAUGUUUGUGAAUGUUAAAAGGGACACUACUCAUCAAUACUGGAAAGGUGCCAUUAUUUUAUUAGUGUUAAUGACUAGUAGUUCUCCAUAUUAUUGUUCUCAACAUUCAUCCAAAGAGGUGCUGUUUUGAUACUAGAACAGGCAAUGCACCCGUUAAGAUAUGUCUGCUGACUUCAUUAUGUACCUUCAACGUGCUAAAUGUGACAUACUUUGAUGCUAGUUGUUGGUGAAUAAUUUAUUUUGUUGUUUCAUUCUGUGUGGAAUAGCCAGCAUAUUCAGAUGAGAGUAAUAUAUUUUUUGUUAUAAACUUCCAUUAUGAUAUAUUAAAAGAAUGUAAAUAAAUAAAAACUGUAUAUUGCCAGAACAUCCUUGAAACUCGCCAGUGGGAAUCUGUAUAUUGAAAUGUGUGCAAGUAUGGAAUUACUUUGUGCGGAACAAAAUUAUGCUUUUAGAAUUAUAGUAGAUGGAUAUUCAAUCAAUGUUAUAUCUCAGAAAAGAAAUGCGACAGAGCAUUGCAUGUUCUGCACUUAAAAUUGUCAAAAUAAUUGUAUCAGAAUUGUGUAGUUAGGAUUCAAGAAUUGUACUCAUUUGAGGAAUCCACCAAAAUCCAAUUCUCAAAAUGGCUUAUUUUUUAUAUAAAUGUAUCUUAACUCAAUUCUUUUGACUGGUGCAGAGUUUAAGCUGCAUCUUAAGUGUCACCCAUUUGCGUGUUUUCAUCUGCCCUACUCUCAUUCAUUCUUAAAUCUUGUAUUUCUCUGUCGACUGUAUGUAAGAAAUGAUACAAGUACAAAUAUCAGAUGGAAGUGUGUAAUACUCAUACAUGAUUGAUACAUUUAAGAUGUGGAGCAUGUUGGAAUGUUAAUAUUUAAUUUUUGUAUUAAAUUCAGAGUUGUAUAAAAUAAUAAAUCAUCACUUACAGUACACAAGCUUUAUCAACACAAUUAAAUUUCUGUGCAUUCAUAUGCUGUUAUAAAAAAACUUGUUGUAUUUUUGAAAGAAAGAAAAAAAGAAAUGUUGAAAUUUCUGAAUGAUAUUCAAAUUGUGUAAGUAUGAAUUAUAAACUGUAAAAAUGUAAAUUACUAAACAGGGUGUACAAACAUAAAUGUGAUGUUAAACACAUCUCUAAAAUAAAGAUAAUUAUGAAACAAGUGAUGGAAAUCACUUUAUACCAAAA